CAAACGUAUAAGUAAUUUUAUUGGCAUUAAGGUCAUUUGGGAUUAUGCAGGUCCAGGGAUUAACAGAGGGAUCCUGUUUAGGAAAGAGGACAUUAAGGCUCUUGGAAACAUAAUCAAAUGGGAACAAGUGGAGACAGCAAAGGCUGGACUGAUAAUUGGUUUCAGGGUCUCACUGCACCGGAUCUGGACCUUUAGAAUGCCUGGCACUUCAGGGCCCUCCGGAAGGAAAGAGCCAGCUCCCUUUCUCGCCAUCCUCACGUUUGUUAGGCCAGUAGGUGAGACCUGGAUCUGAGUUUUGGCUCUCCUCUGCCCUGCAAUUCUCCUACCAACACCCAUGCCCUCCAUUCCCGCCCAACUGUGGGAGGGGGGUCUCCAGCAUGCGACCACCAAGCUUCACCGCUGUCACCACUACCACAGGGCCCCAUAGCCUCUCCAACCAUAGUUAGGAACAGGCUUCAGAUCCGUGGCAACUCCGCGGUCAGGGAAAAACAAAAGAGCUGAGUCGGGUCCCACAUUCGGGUCUGCCCUCCUCAGGUCCCCUGGGUCCCUAGGGCUCGCUGCUUCUGGAGGCACAAACCUCUGAGCCGGCCUACCAACCAGGUCUUUUCUUCCGCCCCUCUGCGGCUGAAACCCUCGAGGGGCUGAUUGCAGGUUCAGCUUUCGCUUAGACACGGCAGCUCUGAAUUGAAGGUAGCUGGGGAAACUGAGGCAGGAUUGGGGAUUCUGCAUGGAAGGUCAGACGCUGGCCGCAGACUCCUACUCACACCUGGAAUAGCCCUUCUGAAAGCCCCAUGCAAUCCAUACCAAAUCCAAGAAGAAAUUGCUGGGGCCCGGUGAAUGCCCUGGAGAGUGAAGCGCCGCCCACGCGGCUGGGACAUAUCAGGGGUGGGGCUGGGGGCGGGUUCCUGACGGGGGCGGGCAGACCCGGGCUACCUGGUGUGCCAGCCCAGCCCUGCACAGCGUUGGUGGCGGCGGUGGCCCUUGCCUGUGGCUCCUGUUCUGCUUGCACUCGAACUUACCACCAUGGAGGAAAUCCAGGAAUCUCUGAGCGGAAAGCUCCGACUGUGCUUCUCUCCUGCUGCCCAGACCAGCCUCUUACUGCUCAGGCUCAACGAUGCGACGCUGCGUGCUCUGCGAGAGUGUCAGCGGCAACAGGUACACCCGGUGAUCGCUUUCCAAGGCCACCGAGGGUAUCUGAGGCUCCCAGGCCCUGGUUCGUCCUGCCUCUUCUCCUUCAUACUGUCCCAGUGUGGCCAGGAGGGCGCUGGUGGUAGCUUGGAUCUUGUGUGCCAGCGUUUAAGCAGAUCUGGGCCUAACCGCCUCCACUGCCUGGGUCCACUCAGAGAGCGCCUCACUGUUUGGGCAGCCAUGGAUUCUAUCCCAGCCCCAUCGUCAGCUCAGGGACACAACCUUACUGAAGAUGCCAGACAGCCUGAGAGUUGGCAGAACACAAGAGACUAUUCUGAAAGAGAUGCAGUAUCACAGGCACAGAUGGCAGAAGAAGAGGUAACAGAUCCACUGGCAAACAACCAAGGACAGUCACUCCCAGGAUCCUCAAGGGAGCACAUGGCACAGUGGGAAGCAAGGAACCAGACCCAUCUUCCAAACAGAGAGCCAGAGCAGGCACUGCCUUCCUCUGCCACCAGGAAACGUCUAGACAAGAAACGUCCAGCUCCUAUAGCUACCAUAGAACUAGAGGAAAAGAGGUUCAGAGACCUGCCUCUAGCUCCAAGUCCCCUACACGGGCUACCCAAUCAGGAUUUACAAGAGGGAGAAGACUGGGAGCAAGAAGAUAAAGAUGAAGACAUGGACCCCAGGCUGGAGCAUGGUGCCUCAGUUCAAGCAGACUCUGAAUCCCUAAUCCUUGAAGAGGUGCCAGAUUAUCUCCUGCAAUACAAGGCCAUCCAUAGUGCAGAGCAACAACAUGCCUAUGAGCGGGACUUUGAGACAGAUUAUGCUGAAUACCGGAUCCUACAUGCCCGUGUUGGGGCUACAAGCCAAAGGUUCGUAGAACUGGGAACAGAGAUCAAGAGAGUUCAGCGAGGAACUCCAGAACACAAGGUGCUGGAAGAUAAGAUAGUCCAGGAAUAUAAAAAGUUCAGGAAGCGAUACCCAGGUUACAGGGAAGAAAAACGUCGCUGUGAGUACCUGCAUCAGAAAUUAUCCCACAUUAAAGGUCUCAUCCUGGAGUUUGAGGAAAAGAACAGGGGCAGCUGAAGCUGAGAGGGCUCUUGACCCUAUGAUCAGUAAUAUAGGAACCUAGUAGCUAGAAACCAAAUAGAGUACAAUAUCUGCUUUCCCUGUGCUGACCACUACAGUCCAUGGUGGCAAGUAGAGAGAUGCUCUAGGUUCUUUAGGCUUGGUUUUCACUAUUGCUGUAUUUUAAUUUUUAGACUGUAGGUAGUGUGCCAGGACUACCCAGCUGUGCCCAAGUCUAGGAACAGUAGGGGAGGCUUGGCUUCUUCGCCUUUAGUUCAGCCAAGUCACUUUCAAAUCCCAAAAAAUGACAUCAUUUCUAGGACAUAACUUGAGGACAUUAGGCAAAGUAAUUUAGCCUGGUAGCCUCCCUAAACAAUGAGAAUUUUUGGUAACAGAGUUAAAGGAACUAUAGCAUACUUGGAUAUAAUGGGAAGGGGCUUGGGUGUUAUGAAUGUACUAAAAGUCAAUUCUUUUACAAAUGUGGCUAAAAAAUUAAAAACUGACUGCUUCUGUG